AUGGACGGUCAGAGUAACUUGGACCAACCUCUUCUUAGCAAAGAAGAAGGCUCAGAUCACCACUUUGACGUGAAACCAGAUGUAUUAGAGUAAAUUUUAUUCAGUGACUUUUUUAUCCUUGAAAGCAUCAGCCAUGGCAAAAGUUUAGAAGCCCUAAACAGACUAGGAGGUCUUGACGGACUCGCAGCUAAACUAAAGACUGAUAAGAAAGCAGGCAUCAACAUGGACAAAGAACUAAUCAAAAAGAGAAAAUCCUAUUACGGCACGAACAAGCCUCAAGUAAAAAAACAGCGAACCUUCGUCGAAAUGGUCUGGGAAGCUUUAGAAGACACGACUCUCAGAAUCCUGAUUGCAGCUGCACUGGUUUCUUUAGUUGUAGGAAUAUGGGAAGACCCAGAAGAAGGGUGGCUCGAAGGUGUUGCCAUUUUAGUUGCUGUCGUCAUUGUUGUGCUGGUAACUUCAGUCAACAACUGGAUCAAGGAAAAACAGUUCCGCAAGCUUAACGAGGAAGCCCAAGAAAGGCUCGUUACAGUAUUCAGAGCUAAAGGCAACAAUAAAGAAGAUCAAAUUUCAGUGUUCAAACUUCUUGUAGGUGAUGUCAUCAAAAUUGGUGCUGGCGACAUUUUGCCUGUCGAUGCAAUUGUUGUGCAUUCUAACCAAUUAGUGCUCAAUGAGAGCUCAGUGACUGGAGAAUCAAAGCCGCUUAAAAAAGGCUAUGAUCAUGGAGAAACACCUUUCCUGAUUUCAGGGUCACAAGUAGAAGAAGGAUCAGGAACUGCACUGGUUGUAGCUGUCGGAAAGCACAGUUUCCAAGGCAAAAACAGAGAGCUUAUGCAGCAAGAAGACGAAUCAGAAACUCCUCUUCAGAUGAAGCUUAAUAGAAUUGCUUCAGGGAUCGGAAAAGUUGGGCUAAUUGUAGCUUUGCUUACAUUUGGAGUUUUGAUUAUUUAUUUACUCCCCCUUUAAAUUAGAACAAAAUAUAGGUAAAAUUUUUAUUUUUAUGUGCUUUAACGCCUUAUAAUUGGAACAUUUUUUCAAUAGGACAUUUUUAUAGGUAAAAAUACUAAUUUAUAAGUUUUCAUAUUUACUGAAUUAAAUGGAAAAAUUCAGGUAGAAUAUAAUUUAAAAAUUUAACACCGAACCGAUUGCUUUUUUAAAUUAAUUCCUUAUGCAAAUAAAUUAAAAUUAAAAAAUAUUGGUUAAAUUUAUAUUGUUUAUUUAAAAAUUUAAAAAAGAUUUUUUAUUGAGAAAAAAUUUAAUGUAAUCUUUUUAAAAUAAAUUAAAUUGGAACAAGGAGUUAGUAGUUCACACUGUGGAAAAUGGCUGGACCGAUGACAGCUGGAGCAAACUCAUUUCAAGCUUUAUCAUAGCUAUUACCAUUGUGGUGGUCGCAGUGCCAGAAGGGCUCCCUCUAGCAGUCACUAUUAGCUUGGCUUAUUCAGUGAGCAAGAUGAAGGAACAAAAUAACUUAGUUAGACAUUUAGACGCAUCAGAAACCAUGGGCCAAGCCACAGCUAUUUGCUCAGACAAGACUGGAACUUUGACUAAAAAUAUUAUGGAAGUGGUUGCAAUGUACUGCGAAAAGAAAAAGAUAGAAGCAAUCAAGGCUUCUGAGUUCAGCACUGCAGUUAGAGAACUCUUGGUUGAGCACUUCUGUCACAACUCUACUGCUUCUAUUACAGUAGAAAUCGAAAAAGACAAGAAAAAAGAAAAAUUCACAGGAUCUAGGACUGAAAUUGCAUUACUCAAACUCGCCGCUGUGCUUGGAACUAACUAUUCUGAUGUGAGGGAUUAGGAUUAGGAUUAUUAAAGUCAGGCGCUAGCCAUAUUGGUGACGCAGUCACAGAGACCUCCAGUACAGGAGGUUCUACCGCUUUUCGACUCAAGCCCAGAAGGUCUAUCCCUCUUGCGAGUGCCCUUCCGUACCUUCUGUCUCUCCUUGCUUUGAGGCGUGGGCGGCUUAUGGAUUUCUGCGGCACUGCUACGGGCGAUUGGAGUAGCUUGAUUCCAAGGAUUCUUAGAGUCUAUCGGGUGUCGAAGUGCCUUUCUUCGACAGCUACAGGAAAAAGACUGUUCCCCUGUGGCCUGGGCCGAAACCCCCAGUUUCUCGGUAGAGGAAUGCUCAUGGGUCCUCGGAUCCAAAGGACGCUGUUGAGCUCCUCCAUUUCCAACCACAGGAAAGCAGCCAAUACCUACCCGGAUACACACCUCUGGAGCCUGCACUUGAUUCUCGACUCGGAGUCCGUCCCAGUUCGCCGUAGUCAUAAGGUCGGACUGCUGCGCCAAGAGGGCAGGCUGAUACGUGUCGCCAUUAUAAUGUAUAUUUUUGAUAUGAGGGACUUAGACUUGAUUUCUGUCCAAAUCCCAUUCAGUUCUAAGCUCAAAAGAAUGGUCACAGUCCUUAAGAAAGGAGAUGGACACAUCGUCCUUGUGAAAGGAGCAAGUGAAACUGUUCUAGGAAUGUGCACAAAGGUCGUUGGAACAGAUGGCCAUGAGCACUAUAUCACUGAACAAGAUAAAGAAGAAAUGAACGGAAUCAUCACUGACUAUGCAGGAAGAGCUUAUAGAACUCUGACUUUAGCCUAUAAGCACAUUGGUGGAGAUUUCCCAAUUAUUGAUGGAAAAGGUGACGCAAAUCAAGUUGAAUUGGAAAGAGAUUUGACACUUUUGUGCAUCUGUGGAAUUGAAGACCCUCUUCGUGAUGAAGUCCCAAAUGCUGUUGAAGUCUCCCAAAAGGCUGGAAUCACUGUCAGAAUGGUGACAGGCGACAACAUUGAAACUGCAGUCGCAAUUGCUAGAAAAUGCAACAUAUUGCCUAAGAACUAUAAAAAAGAGUCCCCAGAUGAUGAUACUGUCAUGCUCGGCUCAGAGUUCAGAGAAAGAGUUGGAAAGCUAAUUGAUGAUCCUAAUGACACUUCAGCUGAAAAAGACAAGCGCCCUAGAAACAAAGUUGUCGGGAACAUGGCUGAAUUUACUAAAAUUGCUUCAAAACUAAGAGUUCUGUCAAGAUCGUCCCCUGAAGACAAAUUUAUCCUUGUAACUGGCUUAAGACAGCUUGGAGAAAUAGUUGCAGUCACUGGAGAUGGCUCUAAUGACGCUCCAGCCCUUAAAAAGUCGAAUGUUGGUUUCGCCAUGCAUGAAGCUGGCACUCAGCUUGCCCAAGAAGCUUCAGAUAUUGUUCUCCUUGAUGACAACUUCGCCUCAAUUGUGACAGCAAUUAAGUGGGGACGUAAUAUUUAUGACUGUAUCAGCAAGUUCAUUCAGUUCCAGCUUACUGUCAAUAUUGUUGCUUUGGUCUUAAGCUUUAUUGGCGCUGCAAUUACUCAAAAGUCACCAUUAACUGCAGUCCAAAUGCUGUGGGUUAACCUUAUUAUGGACACUUUUGCAGCUCUUGCCUUGGCUACUGAGCCUCCAAAUGAUUCCCUACUUGACAGAAAACCAAAUAAGACUGAAGACUCUUUGAUUACUCCAGAUAUGAUGAAAAACAUUAUUGGACAGUCCUUCUAUCAGUCAGUAUGGUUAUUAGUGAUCCUUUUCUUGGGCCCUGAUAUUUUUGACGUCCCAUCUGGUCUAACCCUUGACGAAAAAUGGACUAACUACCCAAACUUAAUCAAACGAUUCCAUUACAAUCUUAGAAAAAACUGAGAACAAUUUUCAUAUGGCUAAGUACGAAACUUAUCUCUUCUAUUUAUAAUUGAUAAUAAAAAUAUUAGGUAUUAGAUAUAGCCACCUCUAAUCAAUCCUAUGAAAUUUUCAGUAUAUUGCUAGAAUAUAAACUUUUCUAUAAUGAAAAAUUUAUAUAUAAAUUUUUUUAUCAUAUAUUUUUAAAUACCUUGAUUGAGCAUUGGUAGGCCGCUCUAUUACAAAAGGGAGAGUAUAGAAAAUGGUGUCCACUUCACUAUAUUCUUUAACGCGUUCGUCUUUCUACAAGUUUUCAACGAAAUCCACUGCAGAAAGCUUAAAUCAAACGAACUUAACGUAUUCCAUGGGUUCUUUAACAACUGGAUUUUCUUGAUAGUUGUGGUCAUGACUAUCCUCGUCCAAAUCGCACUCGUCUCUGUAGGCGGCGAGCCUGUAAGAUGCUCACCACUGACUCUAGAACAACAUGCUAUUUGCAUUGCUAUUGGCGCUGGAGGACUUUUGUUUGGACUUUUGGUAAGACUGAUGCCUACAACUCCAUUCAAGUGCUUCAAGUUCUCCGAGAAGCCGCUUUCAAGUGCUGAAGCUGAUAAAGGAGUGACUGGGCUGAUGAGGAGAAAAACUACUAAGAGAGUGCAUGCUGAGGGCUCAGCAAUUAGAGGUUAG